AUGCCCCUUAUCAAGCCUUCUGCUAUCCUCCUUCCCCUCGUCUGCGCAGCCUCGUCAAUUUUGGGUGUUUGUUCCGCGAACCCAAUCGUGGGCCGCCCUGGCACUGAACCUGCCUCAUACACGCUCGAAACGGUCCAUCAGUUUCCUAAUUUCACAUGGCUUGAGAUCUUUGAAAUCGUUCCGACUGAUAUUUCCAACGGCGUCAUCUACCUCGUCGACCCAGAGGAGAAUCCUGCCCCUGCCUCGGCCAUCGCGCAAUUUCCUCCUGGCACUUGCUUGACCGGCAUCGCGGAGCUCCGUCCCGAUGUUUUCUACGUCCAGUCCGUCGACGGCUUUGUGUACAAUUUCACCUUUACACCGGGUUCCGCGACGCUGUGGGAGGUCGAUCAACGCGAUCAAGCCCGUGGUGCCGUCGUGACCAAAGUUCUGAAUAUGCCCGAGAACAAGAUCCCGAACGGCCUGGGAGUGCUCCCGGCUGGAAGAAAGGGGAGAGGCGAAUCAACCCUACUCUUGAGCGCAGAUUCCGGUGGUGGAGUGGUCUAUCUCAUCGACGUGUCGGAGCCGACGCGCGCUUUGAGCCAUGUGACGGCCAAAGAAAUUGAAUUGCUGGUUGUAAGGAAUGCCUUUGGGGACACGGUGUGA